AUGGAUUCCACGUUGGUUUUCUUUUGUUUCGUUUCCCUCGUGCUCCUCCCUUUCUCGAGCGCCCUCCACAUCACCAGCCAGACUAUCGACAACUUUCUACUUGCUGAGUAUGAUUAUGUCGUGGUCGGAGGUGGCAUCUCAGGACUGGUCGUGGCGAACCGACUGAGCGAAGACUCGAACAGGACCGUCCUCGUAAUCGAGUCGGGUGAACUUGACGGGCGUGAGAGCAAUAUUGUGGCCCCCGGCUACAUCGGCCUCCCGUACCCUUCGCCCUAUGGCCAGAGCGUGGUGACUGCCCCUCAGAACUUUCUCGAUGGCAAGACGCGCAGUAUAAAUCAAGGCAAAGGCAUUGGCGGUGGCUCAGUGGUCAAUGGAAUGUGCUGGACCAGAGGCGCGGCUGCCGACUUCGACGCCUGGGAAGAACUGGGUAAUCCGGGCUGGGGAUGGAAAGGCCUUCUUCCCUACUUCAAGAAGGUCGAGAACUACACCGUCAAUGUGGACGAGAAUCUGCGAAACCGCCUCAACAUUCACCCGAACAUGCUGUUUCACGGAACCCAAGGACCGAUUAAUGUUGCCUACCCGCGUCACUUCUACGACUCAUCCGAUCAUGUUCUCCAAGGGUUUUCGGAGAUCGGUCUCCGUCUGUCAGGCGACCUUAACACGGGUGACCUGACGGGCGCUAUGAUCGUUCCGUCAAGCAUGUCUCCUACCAACCAGACUCGCUCUGAUGCGCGAACUGGAUAUUUUGACUCGGCCAUCUCCCGCUCGAACUUGCACGUUGUAACCGGGCAGACCGCUACGCGACUGAUUGUGGGCUUGCCUGGCUCGUUGGCCGAAGACGACCGGCGCCGUAUCAUCGGAGUUGAUUUCUCAUCAGGACCCUCCGGGAUCAACAAGACGGUGACGAGUAACAGAGAGGUCAUUCUCGCCGCCGGCGGCAUCCAGUCCCCGACGCUGCUUCAAGUCUCCGGCAUCGGCCCCAGACAAGUCCUGGAAUCCUUGAACAUCUCCGUGCAGAUCGACCUGCCCGGCGUUGGAAAUAACUUUCAGGAUCAUCCUAUGGCUCACUUCCCAUUUGAUUACUCGAACUCAUCCCUUUUCACUUCUCGUGACCUCACGGGCGACGCUUUCGGAGACGCGCUUAACACUUUCCUUACCAACCAUUCUGGCCCCUUGACGGCGCCCUUGAUCAACACCGUCGCCUUCCCAAGCCUGCUUUGGCACGGAGACGAAGGCGAGGCCCUUCAAAACACCACAAGCCAGUCCUCCUUCGAAUUCAUCCCCCUCGACACCCCGCCGACAGUGAAAGCCGGCUACGCCGCGCAGAAGCGCCUAGUCUUAUCCCACCUCGCCCGCGCCGACGUCGGCGCUUACGAGCUCCUCACCACCUCCUGGGGCCAGGUCUCCGUCGCCGCGCAGAAGCCCCUGUCGCGCGGCACCGUCCGGCCGUCCUCCACUUCCGUCUUCGACGGGCCGCUGCUCGACCCGCGGUAUUGCGCUGACCCGUUCGAUUGCAAGAUCAUCCGGCUCGGCCUGCAGACGACGCGGCGACUCAUGCAGACCGAGGCGAUGAGGCCGCUGCUUCCCGUCACUGACGCACGGUUCGAGGGGGACGACGAGGGGAAGCUGAUGACGGCGCUGAAGCCGCUCGUCGGCACCGAGUACCACCCCAGCGGGACGACGAGCAUGAUGCCGCGGGAGUUGGGCGGCGUCGUGGACGCGGGGCUGACGGUGUACGGGACGUGUAACCUGCGGGUCGUCGACGCGGGGGUCAUGCCCUUGAUCCCGGGUGCGCAUAUCCAGGCUGCGGUUUAUGCCGUGGCUGAAAAGGCAGCCGACAUCAUCAAGGAUACAACGAGCAGCCCGGAGGCCUGCCCUCUCGGUGUUCCAAAGUGGCCCCCCGUUCAGGGUGCUGUCUGA